UCAAAAAUCAAAAUUUUGCAUUGUGUUGUGUUUUUAGAAUACACAUAUAAUUUUAUUUAAUUGCAUUUGUAAUCCAAAAUCAGAAUUCUAUUAAUGUGUUUAAAAUGAAUUCCUAUUUCGUGCGACAAGUGAUAUAUGAUUUUAGAUAAAAUCAUUAUUCAAUAAGUUAUGUUUUUGUAGUUAACUUAAAAACAAACAAACAAUGAAGUCGUUUAAAUUGAUUGUGCAUCAGUCUAGUUUUAGCACUGAAGAUCUGAUAAUAAAUCUAAAAGAUUACCCAGGACUAAAGGAAAAAGAUAUUGUUGAAAUUUAUCAUCCUGAAAAUGAUUACCCUAGAUUGCUGUUGCAAGUCACUAAAGUUGAUACUCCUGGACGAGGAAGAGAUGCUAUCAGUGUGGAGCAAAGUAUUGCCACAACCUUUCAAUUGAGAACAUUUGCAGAUGUGUAUGUAAAUAUUGUAAAUGUGCCAGAUGUGGCACUAGACUCUGUAGAGUUGACAUUCAAAGAUCAGUACUUGGGGAGGUCUGAAAUGUGGAGGCUAAAGAACCAUUUGGUCAGCACAUGUGUGUAUCUGAAUAAGAAGAUAGAAUAUUGUGGAGGUGCAGUCAGAUGUCAAGUAUAUGAAAUGUGGUCUCAAGGCGACAGGGUCGCGUGUGGAGUUAUAACUGAGGACACAAAAAUAGUGUUCCGAUCUUCAACAUCCAUGGUCUAUCUCUUCAUACAAAUGUCCUCGGAGAUGUGGGACUUUGAUAUUCAUGGUGACUUAUACUUUGAGAAGGCUGUCAAUGGGUUUCUGGCAGAUUUAUUUGCAAAAUGGAAGAAAAAUGGGAGUAAUCAUGAAGUGACAAUUGUAUUGUUUUCAAGAACAUUUUACAAAGCAAAAACACUAGAAGAGUUUCCACAACACAUGAAGGAAUGCCUACAGAAAGACUACAGAGGAAGAUUUUAUGAAGAUUUUUACAGGGUUGCAGUACAAAAUGAGAGAUACGAAGAUUGGUCUAAUGUGUUACUGCAGCUGAGGAGGCUUUUCACUGACUACCAAAAAAUUGUACUUCAAUACCAUGAGAGGCCCAACAUGGAAAUACCAACAGCUAUUAAUUCUACAGCAGCACAGGGGAACUUCUUAGAAGUUUUGAAUAUGAGUUUAAAUGUCUUCGAAAAACAUUAUCUGGACAGAUGUUUCGAUCGGACCGGUCAACUUAGUGUUGUGAUCACACCCGGCGUAGGGGUGUUCGAGGUUGACAGGGAGUUGACCAACGUGACCAAACAGAGGAUCAUAGACAACGGCGUGGGAAGCGAUCUCGUUUGCGUCGGGGAACAACCCUUACACGCAGUACCAUUAUUGAAGUUUCACAACAAAGACAGCAACAUCAACUCCAUAGAUGACUACUCUAUGCCGCAUUGGAUCAACUUGUCAUUUUACUCAACUAACAAGAAGGUUGCUUAUUCGAACUUCAUUCCACGGAUUAAGUUGCCUCCGAGGAAAAGUCAGGAGCCAUUGAAAAAGAUGUACGAAGACGAGAGCAAGGGGAAACUAUUGAAGGAGGACGAUUAUAUGCACAACUCUAUAUUUGAUUACGAUGCAUAUGAUGCACAGGUGUUUCAGUUGCCUCCCGCACAUAGCACAUGGGUGCAGAAAGUGACGCGUACAAAGAAAACGUCGGUGGCGGGCUUAGAGGGCAUCAACAGACGGAGUCCGCCGGUGAAUGCCAUUCAUCAUCGGAAAAUGUCUGACCCAGACAUCCAUCAUAGCCUCGGCUCCGAUAUAUUGAUUAGUUCAAAGUACGGCGUGAACGAAGUCAACAGCGACUCGACGGACUCCUCGCUAUCGGUAAGCCGACUGUCGCCUCGCAGCUCCACGGGCAGCAAGCCGGUGACGCGGACGGGCAGGGCGCUCAUCAACCCCUUCGACCCUUCGCACGUCACCGUCAAACUGACGAGCAACCGGCGGCGGUGGACCCAUAUAUUCCCUAAAGGUCCCACGGGUGUGUUGAUUCAGCAGCAUCACUACCAGGCGAGGCCCGCUGGCGAGUCGGCCUCUAGAUCUGGACUCAACAAUACGGCGAAAGAGAAUGGCGGCUCCGUAAUUAGUAACAACCACUCCGUGUAUCAAGUUGACGGAAACAUCCCAAGUCGGAAACGCAUGAUAAGCGCGUCAGGCACUCUGAGCGUGCUCGGUACGGCGAGCGCUCCGUCCACCACUAACAACGCCUCCCUCGCUCUGCUCUGGGGUGCUACGGGCGAACAGGAGUGGACUCCGGCUCUUACAACCGCGAACCGAGCCAUAGGUGUGGAUUGGAAAUCACUGACUAUCCCCGCGUGUUUGCCGAUCACGACGGAUUACUUCCCCGACAAGCGGUCGCUGCAAAACGACUACCUAGUGUCGGACUACAACCUCCUGCCGGACGAUGUGAACGCGGACUUCGCGAGGAAUAGAGCCAUAUACAAAGAGCCGCUCACCACUAUGGAGGUUUUUAAAGAGCUGGUUUCCCAGCGAUUAGCGCAGGGAUUCCAGCUAAUAGUCGGUGUUAACGAGAACGAAGCAACCGAAUCUCAUUGCCCAUCAUCACACGGGCCGCCCUCUAAAGUGGCCCCGCAGAGUAACAAGAGCAACUCGGCGCCAACCAAACGAUACCUGCUGUCCAUUGGUAGAAUAUUCCAUGAGUUGACUCUCAUUGGCUCUACGAUCAGUGUCACGCGAUAUAGACCUAGACACCCAUACCCUCCGUUCAACAUCCACUACAGAUAUCGGUUUCACGCACCCAACCACGAUACAUACGAAGUUUCCUGGGUGUCCUUCACUACAGAGAAAUUGGAGAACUACAAUUGGAACUACAUGGACCACUACAUUUGCACUCGGGGUGACACCGAUUUCACUCUAGUCGAAGCACUGAAAUACUGGCGCUUCCGUACUCUUCUAUUACCGCUAUACAAUCCUGCCACCAAGACGAUUCUCGAAGACGAAACCACACACUGUGACAUAUAUCCGACACCCACACGUCAUGAUCUUGAUCAUCUCACCGAAGGGUUCCUCAAAAUGACGGAAUCCUACUUCAACAAAGUCAAAAGACCGAACAGGCAAAGGGUGGCGGGGGCGUGCGGCGCAUCGGAAGCGGCGCUAACGAGGCGGCGACACUCCACCUCCAUCCUCACGCGGAAUGCGCAGCAAGGUGGCGUGUCCAACUCUCCGUUCAGAGAGCGCGUCGGCAGCACACGCCUACCCGACCGACCGCGGCUUCGGAUCGAAGCUAUAGCCGCCGCUAAAACUGUUCUGGAAAGAUCGCAAUCUCAGACUGGGGAAUGCGACGAUACAUACGAAGACGGAGUGAUAGAACCGAAGCUAAAGGCCAAUGCGACGCUGCAAGAGAUCAUAGAACGUAUGCGUCAUCCAACUCUCGGUGUUGGCUUCCUCCAGCAGACGGUCAGCCUGCCCUCGCACACGUUCGUGUCAAUUUACGCCAUUCAAUGGCUGCAAGCUAAUAUGGAGAACAUGACGUAUGAAAAAGCGCCAGCCAUUAUGCAGAAACUUCUGCAAGAAAAAAUGAUUUGUCACGCGUCAGGUGACACGUCCAAGCGCUACGUUGUGGGAUACUAUAUGUAUCACAUUCUGCCGCAGAAGAAUAAUAAGGGUCCAGAACUAACAGAUUACGUAAAUCCUCUGGGUGACCUCCCAAGCUUCGAGAACGAAUGGAUGGAGGUGGAAGUCCUGGGGCCACGUUCGCCGCUGCUCGCUCCAGAGACCGCCUCCGGAGCGAUAGACAUCUCUGGCUCCAGCCCCGUCAUCAACGAGUCCGGCAUACCGGCCUUCCUCUGUGAUAACAUCGACCCUAAUUAUAUGCAGUUGGAGAGUGAUGAUAUGCCGUUAUACAAGAAUACUCACUUGGACAUAGACGUGAACAACAAGAGCGACCGCAUAGAGUGGGGCCACGCGCGCUACCAGGCCACGUUCCGCCCCGACCAGGCCUACGAGAUGUGCAUACAGUGGACCAUCGCCAGCGGGAACAUUGUCGCCGAGCUGAUAAUCGGCUGGUUCCGCAAAGCACAAACAUGCCGCCUCCAAAUGGUGCCAAUACCGGCCGAUCCUCUAGCGUUGCCGUUUACGGAGAAAUCGGAUCCUCUACGUGGACCUAUUUACGUUCCUUUGAAUGAAGAACCACUUCUAAGAGGCAAAAGCGCUUUGUUUGAAGGUUUCCCCGAAGACACGUGGCUGGAGAGGUUGUUCCUCUUCCAAGAAGCGAUCGUGGGCCGAUUCGGCUUCAUCAAAUGUACUGUCGAGAGUACCUCGCACGCGGCGGACGUUGGCGACCACCUGUAUGUGCACGUCACGGGGAAUAUGUUCAUACUGAUCCCCACCACUGUGAAGACGGAGCAGAGGGGGUCGAGAGCGAAGCCGGUGAACAAGCUAGUCAAUGCUGGAAGGUAUCCCGUCCACCCAGACGUGGUGCCCAGUCCGCAUGAGGGUUACAUAACGCGCCACGUCGAUGUGAAGUACAGAGACUGCUAUGACAAUAGUCGCAGGAUGGGAUUCCUUUGGUCCUGGAAUCACAUGAUAUCCAAGAAAUGGAAGGGUUCACAAGCACCGGCUGCCGGAGAUGAAGUGUUUCAGAUACGAAUGCUAAAAGAUUUCAAGCAUUUUUGUGCCAACCAUGAACAGAGAUUGAGUCAAUUCUGGGAUCAAUGUUGGGAACUUCGGGAAAAAGCAACUGGACAAUAUUGUUAAAUAGUUUGUAAUAUAUUAAUACUAUAAUAAUA